CCUUCAUUGAAAAGCUGUGUUGAGGCGCGUACUGUAAUUAAGAUGUUCCGUGGGGUUUUUCCUUACGUAGCUGCUGGGGCUGGCAUGCUUUUUGUCGGAUAUUGUAUAUAUUUUGAUAAAAAGCGCCGGAGUCACCCAGACUUCAGGAAAAACCUAAGAAAAAAGAGAUUGGAACAGAAGGCUCGUGAAGCUCAAAAGGCAUCUUCGUUCCCACUACCCCCUACCAAUGAUCCAUCUGCUAUGCAGAGAUUUUUUCUUGAACAAAUACAGCAAGGGGAGACAGCACUCAGUAUGGGUUCAUUGGAUGAAGGGGUCAAACACUUUGCGGUCGCUGUUUCUGUUUGCGGUCAACCUAACCAGUUGUUGCAGGUACUCCAACAAUCACUUAGCCCAUCAGUAUUCCUGAGGCUUAUUGAAACCCUACCUUCCAUCCAGUCUUUCAUUUUAACUGGAGUUCUCGUUAUCCUGGUGCUAUGCGGAUCACGAGCCGAUGUGGAUCCCUAUGACAUGUUCGGAGGGUCUUCUGCAGACCAAGAACAGGCUGCAUCUAAUGAGUGGAGCACUAAUUCUUUACUGACAGUCAGUGACACAUCAGAUCUUGUUGCUGUCAACCACCAUCGAGAGCUACAUAAAAUUCUUGUACGAACUCUAUGGCGGAACCUUUAUCCGGCGAAUUCGCCAAGCACACCCUUGAAAACUCCAGUCAAAGUUCUUUUGGAAUUUGUGUUGCAGGAACAAGAUAUUUAUACACUGAACAAAUAUUGCGAUUUGAAUAACUUCUCUGAAAACCAUAUAUCACCUGACUUGAUAAAUGAUAUUUUUUCGGAAAUUAUUCACCCUGUUGUGGUUUCAAACAAUUCAUGCAUAUUUCAGUGGUUAGCUGAUAAACCGCUAUUUUGGGUCUCAAUGUUAUUUCUCUUAGUACUUGUAAUAUGGCUGUCAGUAUUCUUAUACCGUUCUCGGCAUCGAUUCUCAAUGUUAGUGUUUUGUGGCCUGUUGCUCCUUAUAAUUUGCCAGUCUAUCUACAAAAAGUAUAAUGCCCGAUUGGCUCAGAAAAUGUCCGUUUUGUCCCGGUAUAAUGGUCCACCCGACGAUUGUAAGCCUGUACACCAACGUCCUUGGUCUCAAAUAUUCACUCGAUAUUUAUCACCUCGUCCAGCAUCAGAUGAAUGCAUCCGUUACUAUGAAGAGGUGCUUUCAGAACCCAUUUUAACCACCAAUAUAUAUGAAGUAUGUCUGGAGUUGAUAUAUCAGCCGAUUAUCUCAUUAUGUAACAGUUUGGGAAUUGGAUUAGGACAGUUUUAUGAUAGUUUGUCAGCUUAUUUACCUUGGUGGCUUGCACCAUUUAUCCUGACCUACUGCAUACUUUUAGGAGCCUGGGUUUUUAUGCGUUCACCGAAAUCUUUCCCUACUGUACAGUCAUCACGUAACCGUCGGGUCAGAAAUAAAGUCAAAUCAUCAUCCACACCACAACCACUUACUUCCUCUUGAAAUAAACUGAUUCUGUACAAUAAUUGUCAAUUUUACUUCUUUGUCGAUCCUGAAGUACCUGACAUUUGCUGCAUUUUUUAUUCCAGUUGAGAUUCCCCAAUUAUUUCAUAAUAUUUAUAUCACAAAGACAUCAAGACUAGUAAGUACAUGUAAAUGAUGCAAAAAGUGCAGUAUUUAUAUGAAUAAAAAAUAUAUUUAACU